CUCUAGGUAUACAGUCCACAGUCCGAGAAAACAGUCCUAGUGCUCCUAUCUAGGAGGUUCGAACAGAUCUAUUUUUUAUUGAGGAAAUUUACAACUUUUUGAUAAAGCAACAUGAGAUUCUUCGUGUUGAUUUCUUGCGUGCUCGCUGUAGCUUCUGCGGCAUGGAACCAGCCACCACCAGGUGGUUACCACAUUCCUCAGAUCACCUCCGCCGGUGUCCCAUUGGAAACGCCGGAAGUGCAGGCGGCUAAAGCCGCGCAUUUCGCCGCUUUCCGAGGCGUCAACCCUGUUGCUCCUCAGCAAUCUUAUCAAGGGCAGAAUAAUAACAACAACAACGGCGAAACGAACUACGAGAAUGUAAGAUAUUAUGGCCCUCACGCCUACCAAACCACCAACGGAGCUGCUAAGGUUUCCACCGGUGGAGUACCUCUGGACACCCCCGAAGUCCAAGCGGCGAAGAACAACCACUUCGGAUUGUUCAGUCAGGCUCUGUCUCGCAACGCUCAGCACGCCGUUCCGCACUACAGGAGACGCAGAGGAAUCUACGGAGCGCCGUGGGCUUACGGACAUCACGUCCCAUUGAUCACUGCCAACGGUGUCCCAUUGGACACCCCAGAAGUUCAACAGGCUAAGGCUGCCCAUUUCGCUGCUCACGCUAACGCCGGAGGAUUCUUGGGCGGUUACGGUGUCCACGCCGGAGGAUUCUUGGGUGGUUUCGGUGCUCCCAUCCAUCCAAUUGCUGGAUUCUACGGAUUGAACCAUGACGGUCGUCCUUUGGACACUCCAGAAGUCGCCCACGCCAAGGCCGCUCAUCACGCGGCUUUCAAUCAGGCCGCAGCUUUGAACGGAGUCGUCGGUGGUCAUCUCGCUUACGGUUUGGGACACGUUCCUGCCGUUCCUGCUGACACCCCUGAAGUGGCUCACGCCAAGGCCGCUCAUCUUGCAGCUCACGCAGCAGCCAGCCACAUUGUUUUCGCUUGUUCUUUGGUGGUGGCUUCCGCCGGAUACGUAGCUCCAAUCAUCUAUGGAGCUCAACAUCUUCCUCUGAUUGGAGCUGGCGGUGUACCAAUUGAUACACCUGAAGUGCAGCAGGCCAGAGCCGAGCAUUUGGCUCUUAAAGUUCAAGCUCAAGUUCGUAACGGUGAUUUAAUUCCUUAUGCAACUCAUUAUUACGGAUUGAUAGCUCAUGAUGGUCUUCCUUUGGACACGGCUGAAGUGGCCGCUGCUAAAGUCAAGCAUUUCGCAGCUCACGCCGAAGCUUUAGCCAGAAACGGGCUUUUGUACCGUAAACGCCGUGGAAUCUACGCUUACUCUCCUUACUACCAUUACCCGAUCAUCGCCAACGGUUCUCCAGUAGAAACUCCAGAAGUACAACACGCUAAAGCCGCUCAUUUCGCCGCUCACGCCGAAGCUAACGCUCGCAAAGGUCUUUAUUACGCAUCACCUUUGAUCCACUACGCUCAGAUCAUCUCCAACGGAGUCCCAGAAGAAACACCAGAAGUCCAACAAGCCAAAAUCGCCCAUUUCGCAGCCAAAGCCGAAGCCGAAGCUCGCGCUCUAGGUUACCCCAUCAUCUCCAACGGUGUCCCAGUGGAAACCCCAGAAGUCCAGCAAGCCAAAAUCGCCCAUUUCGCAGCCAAAGCCGAAGCCGAAUCUCGUGUUUCUGGAUUAAUCUCCAACGGCGCCCCAGAAGAAACCCCAGAAGUCAAAGAAGCCAAAGCCGCUCAUUUCGCGGCUAAAGCCGAAGCCGAAGCUCGCAACUCUAUCCCAGAACUUCCACAAGCUCCAGAGGAUACGCAAGAAGUGCAAGAAGCCAAGAUCGCUCAUUUCGCUGCUAAAGCUGAAGCUCAAGCUCGCGCCGGAAUCGUUGGACCUUUGAUCUACGCCGCUCAGCAUUAUCCGAUCAUCGUGGAUGGUGUUCCAGUCGAAACGCCGGAAGUUCAACACGCCAAGGCUCUGCACUUCGCGGCUCACGCCAAUGCCGCCCUUCAUUAAGCCAUCAUCAAUUUACUAAUAGUCUCUUCUAUAUUAGAACAAACACAAAAGAAAACACUAAUCAAUUCUGAGGCUGUCCAUUUCGUCACCAGAGUUUCUCGAAGCGGUAGCAUCUACCGCAAAUCCUCCGG